AUGGCGCCAUUCCAUGUCUGUGGUUUGUACUUUGUAAACCCGAACACCCCGGUUUACCAACAUCGUAGGGUGUAUUUGCCUACUGUUUCGCAAACUGUUCACGCUCGCAUCGUGGCAUCAACCUCGCGAACAACUCUCACACAGACAUACGUCAACACACACAACGAGGGCGAUAUCCCUGAGCUCCGCUAUACCUUUCCUCUAUACGACGGAGUCUCAGUGGUGGCUUUCACCUGCACGAUAAACAACAGCCGUGUCAUCCGCGGCGUCGUCCAGGAAAAAAACACAGCUCGCAAAACCUUUGAUGCCGCCGCUGCCAAGGGUCAAACUGCAGGCCUCUUGGAGCAACUCCCGGAUGCCAGUGAUGUUUUUACCACUACCAUAGCCAACGUGCCUGCCAGAGCCGAAGUCAAGGUAGAAAUUGUCUAUCUUGGUGAGCUCAAGCAUGAUGCAGAGGUAGAUGGCACGAGAUUUACCAUUCCAACAACCAUUGCGCCACGUUACGGCGGCUACCCCGGCACCCUGAUGCAGAAGCCUACCAAUGUCACGGCAAAGGAUGGCAUUCAGAUCGUGGUCGAUGCCGAGGUUCCGGCCGGCAGUGUGAUCAAGUCCAUUCAAUCGCCUUCCCACCCCAUCGCCGUAUCAGUUGGCUCAACGUCAACCAUGGCAGCCAACGCCACACCUUCCCUCCAACUGGCGUCUGCAACUCUUUCGCUUGGAACAGCAGAAUUGGAGAAGGACUUCAUCGUCCAAAUUAUUGCGACCAACACUUCAAACCCAAUCGCUGUGCUCGAGACGCAUCCCACCAUUCCUCACCAACAAGCCAUAAUGGCAACACUAGUACCCAAGUUCAAGCUCGCCACUACCAAGCCAGAGGUCGUGUUCAUCUGUGACCGUUCAGGCUCUAUGGGGGAUAAGAUAGACGACUUGAAAAAUGCCUUGAAGAUUUACAUGAAGUCCCUUCCUGUUGGCUGCAUGUUCAACAUAUGCUCUUUCGGCUCGGGUCACACUUUCUUGUUUCCGAACUCCAAGACAUAUGACCAGGAUACGCUGAACGCCGCAAUCUCCCACAUUGACACAUUCCGGGCUGACUAUGGUGGCACGGAGAUGUACGGCCCCAUUGAAGAUACAUUCAAGCGCCGGCACAAGGACUUGGACCUAGAGGUAUUCGUACUCACCGAUGGUGAAAUAUGGAACCAGGAGAUCCUCUUCGACAUGGUCAACGAGAAAGUUGCAGAGUCCAAGGGCGCCAUCCGUAUUUUUACCUUGGGCAUAGGCUACAGCGUCAGUCACGCCUUGAUCGAGGGUCUCGCUCGCGCCGGAAACGGAUUUUCGCAGAGUGUUUCUGGGCAAGAGAAGAUGUCCGGCAAGGUUGUACGGAUGCUCAAAGGAGCUCUCACACCUCACGUCAAAGACUACACCUUGGAAGUCAACUACGCUGAUGCCGAGUCAGAAACUGAGCCGGAAGACGAUUUUGAGAUUAUCGAAUCCGUGACCACGAAAGAAAAACAAGCCCCCGAACCGAAAAAGCCCAUUUCCCUCUUCAACCCGAACGAUGAAGAUGUAGAAAUGAAGGACGCCGAGGCAGAAGACGACGGCACCGGCACAGAUCGAUUCUCUCACGUCCCCACUGUCAAACCCCCUAAGAUUUUACAAGCCCCUUUCCAAAUCCCACCGCUUUUUCCUUACAGCCGGACGAGCGUCUACCUCCUCCUAUCCCCAGACAGAGCAAUGAGGGACAAAACCCCAGAGUCUGUGACCCUUCGCGGCACAUCCACUCAGGGCCCGCUUGAGCUGGAGAUCCCCAUAACGAUCCUCACUGAGAAGGCCGAGACGAUCCACCAACUCGCCGCUCGGAAAGCCGUCAAGGAACUCGAAGAAGGCCGCGGCUGGAUCUUCCAUGCCAAGGAUAAGAAGGGCGAUUCGCUGCAGAAGAGGAACCCCGGUCGAUUCCCCGCCAUGGUCGAGCGCGAAGCAGUCCGACUCGGAGUCAAGUUUCAGGUCGGGGGUAAUUGGUGCUCCUUUGUUGCGGUGGAAGAUGACGGCGAGGACGCAGUCGACAGACCGCCUGUCGAGGUGGUGCAACAUGCCGAAGAACCUGCUCGAGAACGUGCUGGAAGACAGAAAGCAACUGAGCGAAAAUCCACCGGGCCAAGAAGCCCAAGACGCCAGUUGGCGUCCAAGGCAUGUCGAAAGUCGGCACCGGCCGCGCCAGCUCCUGUCGUGGCAAGGUUUGGUUCAGGAGGGCUGUUUGGAGCCCCCAGUGGAUCAGUAAAUUCUACAUCUGGAAGCAGUAGUGGUCUGUUUGCUUCUUCUUCUUCUUCCUCUGUACCACCACAGGCACCACAGGUGGGAGGAGGAUUGUUUGGCGGCGGCGGAUUGGCGCAGUAUCAACAGAACGUGAUGGUGCUGCAACAACAACCAUCCAAACACCGACGGCAACUACAACAACAACAGCAGCAGCAGCAGCAGCAGCAGCAGCAGCAUCCAUCUGGAUAUGACAUCAGUUCUUCAGACGGUUUUGGUAUGGACUGUACAAUGAUGUCAGCUGACUUUGGGCACAACUCAGUUUUGAAUGAUUUUGAUUUCGACUCAUUCCUGGGGGAAGACAAAGAUAUGUCGGCUUUUGGAUUUAAUACACCGGAUGAUGUCUCCGGCUUCGGAAAUCCUAACCAUUUUCUAGACCAAGCAAGUAAGAAGGCUAAGAAAGCAAAGGCUUCGGUGGCCGACAAUCUGAAGGAGGCGGAGGAAGAAGCAGAAGUCCCCGGCGACAAGUUGUCCACUCUUGUUUCCCUGCAGGAUUUCAGUGGCUUCUGGGGUUGGUCACAAAAGCUGCUCAAGGUACUGGGUAUUACCGAGGAGAUUGUCAACAAGGCGCUGUCCAGCUUUUCAGAGGGACAGAAUAUCAAGGCAACUGUCAUGGCGGUCGCUUUCAUGCGGAAGAAACUCGCGGGUGAUCGUGACAGCUGGGAAAUGAUUGAAGAGAAGGCUGUGGUCUGGCUUGAGGGAGAAGUGGGAGCAGACGCUGCUCAGAAACUGCUCGCUGCUGCCGAAACCUUGUUCUAG